AGUUGCCCAGCCCUUGAGGGGCCGGGCUAGCGACCUUUGCGCAUGCCCAGUACGUGCACAGGGCUGGCGCGGGUGGCAGUCAUGGCGGGUCGGUGUGUGAGGCUGGCGCGGCGAAGCCUCCCUGCUUUGGCGUUGUCGCUUAGGCCCUCUCCUCGGCUGCUGUGCACGGCUACCAAACAGAAGAACUCUGGCCAGAACUUGGAAGAGGACACAGGUCAGAAUGAACCGAAGACAGACGCUCCCGCUGCAGAGAAGAUACUCAUGGAAGAGAAGGUCAAGUUAGAAGAGCAGCUGAAGGAGACUAUGGAAAAAUAUAAGCGAGCUUUGGCAGAUACUGAGAACUUGCGGCAGAGGACCCAAAAAUUGGUGGAAGAGGCAAAAUUAUAUGGCAUUCAGAGCUUCUGCAAGGACUUACUAGAGGUGGCAGAUGUCUUGGAGAAGGCGACACAGUGUGUUCCGAAAGAAGAGAUUACAGAGGGUAACCCUCACCUGAAGAACCUGUAUGAGGGGCUCGUGAUGACCGAGGUCCAAAUCCAGAAGGUGUUCACGAAGCACGGCUUACUCAGGCUGGACCCACUGGGGGCCAAGUUCGACCCCUACGAGCACGAGGCCCUGUUCCACACACCAGUGGAGGGGAAAGAGCCAGGCACGGUGGCACUAGUUAACAAAGUGGGGUACAAGCUGCACGGGCGUACCCUGAGACCUGCCCUGGUGGGGGUGGUGAAGGAAGCUUAGCUGCCUCCGAGGGGUCUGGUGGGUCGGGUGUAACCGCUGGCUCUACAUCUUAAAAGGCUGGUUCAUCUUUUUCUCAUCUGGAUAUUUUUGACUUUUUCCCAAAGCUUACUGGAAAGCGUUAGUGAGCAGCGGCUAAGCAGAAAAUUAAGCCAACUGUACAGCUGCGUUACCGAACUCUUAAUUCAGGAGACGGUUGGUUAGUUUUAAUACACAUUUAAUAAUAGUUCCACAAGUGUACAGAACAGGCCGACGGGACACUACUGGGCCCUCAAGUACCGUGAAUAAGGCUACGUCACUCAAACUCUGGUGACGUCAGAGUAUUUUCAAUGAAUAAAAAAAGGUCUGCGGGAA